GACGAUGAUCACUUGUUACAAUGUAAAUAAUGGACAAUUUGUCUAACAACUGGUUUCACGUAAUUUCCACUGAAUCGCUAUGUAUGUCAGAUCUAAUCUAAAUGUAAAUAUGACCUAGAUCCUAACUACAGACGAGUACAAACUGAAAAAAAUAUAGAACCCGUGAAAUUUCCGAAAUAAUUUUCCAAAUCGAAUCGUAAAACUUUCUCAAGCGUUCAAACUAGGUUAGACUUAGACGUCGUAGCGUCAUGUCAUGGCUGCAAAAAAUAAAAAAAAAGAGAAAAAAAAGCUACACGUCACAGAACGACGUGACGUUCGACGCGCCAUAUUCGAAAUUAUUCAAAUUUCCCGAAACAAUCGCAGGGAAGAUGCGCGCGUUUCACGGACACGUUUGCAUUAUAUUUAUAGACGCUUGUGUUUGAUUUGUACAGCGCCGUAGUUUACCUACAUAUCUACCGUCGCGGAAUGUACAUUAUAUACCAUCUUGCACUAUGUACUGCGGAUACAACAAUAUAAGCGCUCUCUGUGUGCGUGCCACCGUAAUGAACGUUUCUAUGUGCUAAGAAACAGUAAAAAGUAUGGCGCGAACGCUACGAACGGCAACGUCGCGUGCGUUCCGAGGCCGCCGCGGUGAAAACAAUAGUCUUUUUAUUAUUUAAUUUUACUUGAAUAUUGUUAUUUUAAAUGUACAGUCGACUUUAAAAUAAUGUGUUUCGUUAAUUAGUACUGAUUCGCAUUCGGAAACUGGUUUUUCUAUCACGUAAACAUCGAACGCCGGUAUGCAGUGUUAUGAAAUUCAAUACACACUUUCUUGCUCAAAGAUCGAUACUAAACGCGUCAUCGGUUCCUCUGGCGAUAUUUUCAAACGUUAAAUUACUAAACCACAUUCGGUAUUGGAAAGGAAUCAAUAUAUCGAUGAUAAAAAAAUAAACAAAGCCAACGAAAAUAGUCCGGUGGGAUGAAAAAAAAAAUAUAGUAACCGAUGUUGACCUUUUCCAACGCGUCUCGCUAGUAGCGCGGCCAGCUGACGCGACGUUGCCGCACUUCCUCCCGUACCCUGAACCGUUCACGCUUAUCGCCUUUACUGCCACGCGAUUAGGCCCAUAUUCGCGUGGCAACGUUAAGUAUAUAAAGGAUUUAGGACGUUUCACGGUACUGACACUUCCCGCGCGAAAAAUUUGAAAUGCUUUUAUCAGUCGUAGUCGGUGAUGCGCGCCGUGUAGUUAACUCUACGAUAUUUACUCCGUGUUCUAUAGUUUUGUUUUAUUUCGUUUCUUUUUAAGGUUUUACGUGCAAUAUUAUAAUAUAAAUGUGAAGUGUUUUGUAUUUAAAUUUAAAUAGUUUUAUAAAUUAUACAAGUUUACAUAAACCAAAGUGCCCAAAGUUAUAUUAUAGACUUUAUAUUACAUAGUGUUUACGAAAUACCUAUUUAUUAUUAAAAUAAAACUAGUUAUUUAAAUUAACUUAAUCUAAAAAAGAGUGUAAAUAAAAGUGAGAAACCAAAAAAAGUGAGGGAAAAUCUCAAGAAAAUCCAAGUCGAAGUACCAGGAGCGCAGAGUUGUGAAAGAGUUCACCGCACCGUAGCCGUACAAGUGUACAAGUGACGCUGUGACGCGAUGAUGGCGCGGUGACAAAGUGGCCUACAUGCCGGUGGCGCUGGGCUCGCUCGGCGGCGAGGGCGAGUACCGCGAGUACGGCCACCAUCUCUCGCCGCACCACCCCUCACACAUACAGUACCAUGAGUACGCGCCGCCGCCGCCGCCGCCGAUAUACCACCCCAUCCCGGACCCCUAUUUUAGGCGGCACGCUCCUUACUUCGGACAACCAGACUACAGAGUUUAUGAACUGAAUAAGCGGUUACAACAGAGGACAGAGGACUCAGAUAACCUGUGGUGGGACGCGUUCGCGACAGAGUUCUUCGAGGACGACGCGACGCUCACACUCACCUUCUGUUUAGAAGAUGGACCUAAGAGAUACACGAUAGGCAGGACGCUGAUACCCCGGUACUUUCGCAGUAUAUACGAGGGGGGCGUCUCGGAGCUGUACUACACGAUGCGCCAGCCCAAGGAAUCGUUUCACAACACGAGCAUAACGCUCGACUGCGACCACUGUACCAUGGUCACGCAUCACGGGAAACCUAUGUUCACUAAAGUAUGCACAGAAGGGCGUCUAAUCCUGGAGUUCACGUUCGACGACCUGAUGCGCAUCAAGACGUGGCACCUGGCCGUGCGCGCGCACCGCGAGCUGAUCCCGCGCGCCGCCGUGCACCCGCCCGACCACGCCGCGCUCGACGCGCUCGCCAAGAACAUCACGCGCCAGGGCAUCACCAACUCCACGCUUAAUUAUUUACGGUUAUGCGUGAUCCUGGAGCCAAUGCAGGAGUUGAUGUCGCGCCACAAGGCGUACGCGCUGUCGCCGCGCGACUGCCUCAAGACCACGCUGUUCCAGAAGUGGCAGCGGAUGGUGGCGCCCCCUGAGUCGCAGCGGCCGGCCAGCAAGCGCCGCAAGCGCAAGGGUAGCGGCGGCCCCAACGCCGCGCCGCCCGCGCCCGCCAAGAAACGAUCGCCCGGACCUAACUUCAGUCUCGCCUCGCAGGAUGUAAUGGUGGUAGGAGAGCCAUCUCUAAUGGGCGGAGAGUUCGGAGACGAGGACGAGCGCCUGAUCACGCGACUGGAGAACACGCAGUACGAGGGAGCAGACGACUGGAGCGCGCCCCCCCCUGCCUCGCCCGCCAAGACUCCGCCCAACCACUGACACCCCACCCUGCCACCCUGCCCCGCGCCCUGACCGUACUCCACCCUGUAACCUAGGUUAGGUCUUUUAUAUGUCUAGAAACAUCUUAGAAAGGAAUCUAAGCGUUCA